GCCGAGCUGAGACGGUUUCUGCUCGGUCUCUCCCUCCACAGCGCUCUCCCCGCUCCCUUUCUUCCCUCCCCAUCCGCUCUCUUCGUCCUCCGGGUUAUAUAAAUAUAUACUAUAUCUGGGAAAUGGUCGACAAUGUCCGCUCUCAGUCUCCCCUCUCCAGCGCAGACUCUCAGUUCGCUCGCGCCAGCACGCUCAGCCACCAUGCAACUAUAAGGACCGUCGUCACAUCUCCCCCGUGGGCUAAAGAUGAGCCACCCUCACCUACCGGAACCAUCCAUGGUCAUGCUCCUUCGUCCAGUACAGUCGCAGGGACAAGUUCUUCACCAGACUUCAGACAAGCCGACGCUUCCUCCGUUCAAUCCUCUGCGUUACAGCAAGAGGACGAGCCCUCACGAUGGUGGAGCUUCGCCCGAAACGUCAAUCGUCCAUCCGCCUCUCCAUUCCCCCUCGGAUCCACUUACCGUCAACAUACCUCCCGUCCAGAGAAGAAACUCACCAUCUCAUCCUGGCGUUCCUCAUCACAAACAGCCCGUCAAGAGCAACAACCACCACCACAAUCACCCAUUGAUAUGGAGCAGGACGAUGCUCUUCGAGAAAAGGAGAAUCGGCUGCAGAUAGCUCUGCCACCUCCACCCGCCGCCCCCAACACAAUAUCUCAGAGUCGGACACCGGGGUGGGAUGUACCUUGGACACCGAGAGCGGAUGGUGUGAGCGAUUAUCUGUCUCAUGGGCAGUAUGAGCCGCUGGACCCUGAUCACAGUAGGGAGGCUGGCUUGCGGGAAUCUCUUACAAAGGCCAAACCUGGCUGGGCUGGGAUGAGACAACGUGCGAGGAGAUAUCUGCUUUCGAACGUUUAUGUUCCGUUGAUCUUCCGGAUGUCUAACCUUAGUCUGACGAGUGCUGCACUUGCUGUCGCCAUUCGCAUCCGGCACGAGGAGGAAAAGCGUGGAGUCAUGGGUAUCAUGGGUAGUUCCCCAACAUUGGUCGUUAUCUUUGCGCCGGUCACUCUUCUACACGUCCUAGUAUCCAUAUAUCUCGAAUAUUUUGGACGACCACUCGGCCUCUGGCGCACUUCUGCCAAACUCGCUAACACCCUAACGGAAGUUCUCGCCAUCUGCGCGUGGGCCGCCGCCCUAUCCCUGUGUUUCGACAAUUUCUUCACCUCCACAAUCCCAUGCGCUCAUGCCUCAUCCGUGUCCUGGUACAGCAGCAUCGGUCGGGCCAUCAGUCCCGUCGGAGAUCUCGGAGGCGUCGAGGGUACAUUCGGAGAGGCGCUCUGUGACGAACAGCUCGCGUUGAUCUGCCUCGUCGGUGUUGGCCUCAUUAUGUACUGCUUCAAUCUGGUGAUCAGCCUCUUCCGAAUAUUCGAGAAAGUCAAGUACCAUCAUGCGCCGGAGUUAUGGCCCAGCACGUCCGGACAUCGAUUCACGCAUCAUGCACGACCAUGACUCCCUCCCCUUUCAGCGACCCGUUCGACUAUCCGUGUACAAUAGAACCUGUUCUUCCCUUGACAGGCAUACCCAUUCUUUCAUUCUCUACCAGCGUUAAUGUUUUACCGCCUUUUUCUUACACCUUUUCCUUCCAGUCGCUCUUUCGUCCCUCUUAUUCCUUUAUUCCCUCCAAUGUCUGGUAAUUUAUCCGCUUUCAUCCACUGCAUCCUGUAGCCUUUUACGUGUCUUCACUUUUCCCAUCUUCAUCUACAUAGUUCACGUCUUUAUGUCUUCCCUUCCUGUGUCUACGAUUAUCGCCAAAGUAACUAUCAUCACUGAAGGACGCUCACACUUAUUCCACACAUUGCCACCCUUCUGCUCUUUCCCUCCCUCAUUUCAACUUCCCAGCUAUCGCUCCUCGCUUCUUCACCCUCAUUCCUCCAUCAGAAUCAUUGCUACAAGCACGGCGGUUGUACGAUACGAUAGCAUUGAGGACGACG